AUGACAACAUCUCAACGAUCUCUCUUGAAACCACGUUGGCAUACACAACCAUAUAUGAUGUACCUGGCAUUGCGAGCCAUGCCGAAUCAGACAGCAGCACGACAAGAGUUGAUCAUGGCUGCUGUAGAGUUGGACAAGAAAUUCAGUGCAGAAAAGGGAUUGCCACGUGUUUUUACAGGCAAAACUCCUAUGAACUCUGCAUCUGCAUGUUUGACCAACAAUGGUGACAAAUACUUUAUACCAUUCAAACCUGAGGGAAGUAGAAGUACGCAUUUCAGACUCGCAUACCAACCUGUAGACUUUGAGUCGACAUUGAAGGCAUACAAUAAUUGGAUGGAGCAACUGAUAAAACAUGACUGGCCUCGUUGUUUUGGAAAUCCCAAAGAAGGCAUCAAGAAAUCGCAACUGGAAAACGAGUCUAUCCGAACGACUCGACCAGAGAUACAACGUGAAGAAGAUGGAUUAACAGUAGCAACGGCACUAAACCAAGAGGACAAUCGUAAGGACUCGGAUAGAAUGCACAUACACCGUUUGGAUAUUAAGGCGGCGGGAAGCUAUGAUGGUUCCACGUCUUGUCCACCAACACCCACAGCAGCUUUGGCUGCCGCAACUGAGAAAAGUUUAUCUCUAAAGGAGCCGUUCGAAAGAGCGUCGCCCAUUUAUCGCCUUGAAGACCUUGACCUAGAAGGAGUACCCACUGAUCUUGCAGAUAUUGUUCAGGUCAACGUCUCCAUGAUUCCCAAUGCUGGCAAUGGGUUGUUUGCAAAGAUAGAUGUACCUGCAGGGACUCCUUUAGGGUUUUAUUUUGGUGUGCCGAUGACCGAGAAUGAAUUCGAUUCUCUCAAAGAUGGCGUUGGCCAGGCAUUACAUUACUCACUUAUGUACCAGCGGACAGUUCUGGAUGCGACAGAUGAUCAUGGUCAGCCUUACAGGGAUCCUCGGGGACGACUGUUCUGCCCAUUCCAUUUCAUGAACGAUGAUUCUGAUGGCAAUGUGUCGUUUAUCGCUGGCAGUGUGGUGAACCAAGUGAUUUGUAUGACAAAUCGCGAUGUGAAAGCAGGCGAGGAGCUGCUUGUAUACUUUGGCAAGGAGGUGAUCGACCGAGGCUCAGCUUGUCUUUCUCCUUCUCCAUCUUCUAUUUCUACUACUGCCUCUGCCUCUACCCCUGCUUCCGCUUCUGUCACUGCUCCUGCUCCUGCUCCUGCUCUUACCAUUCCGGGCGUUGCUACAGGGUCUCAAGGACAGGAGAUGACAGUUCAGCCUGAUGAAGAUUUGGAUGGAAAGAAAAGUACGAAGGCUGCAGGAUCACGGUCUAGAGCAUCAUCACCCCUUAAAAGAAUAGUUCCAGCAGAGGAUACAGGACGGCCCCGGAGAGAGAGUGCUUACAAGCCUGUUCGAUACACACGCUAA